GGAGUUCGCUGCACUGACCAAGGAGCUGAACGCCUGCAGGGAGCAGCUGCUGGAGAAGGAGGAAGAGAUCUCUGAGCUGAAGGCGGAGAGGAACAACACCAGGCUGCUGCUGGAGCAUCUGGAGUGCCUUGUGUCCCGACACGAGCGGUCGCUCCGCAUGACGGUGGUCAAGCGGCAGGCUCAGUCCCCCUCGGGGGUCUCCAGCGAGGUUGAGGUCCUCAAAGCGCUCAAGUCCUUGUUCGAACACCAUAAAGCCCUAGAUGAGAAGAUAGUGGCCUUACGGGAACAAAAUGCUCACAUUCAGAGAAAAGUGGCUUCCGGGGACGGAGAGGACAUACUGGAGGGCAGUGAGGCUCAACAGAGUCUCCAUGGCAAGCGUCUGUCCAACGGCUCUCUGGAGUCGGUGCACGAUGCGGGUCAGGUGGUGGAGCUGCAGGACCUGCUGGAGAAGCAGAACUACGAGCUGGCCCAGAUGAAGGAGCGCAUGUCCUCCCUCUCGUCCCGGGUCUCCGAGGUGGAGCAGGAGCUGGAGACCGCCCGGAAGGACCUCAUCAAGUCGGAGGAGAUGAACCACAAGUACCAGAGGGACAUCAAAGAGGCCAUGUGUCAGAAAGAGGACAUGGAGGAGCGCAUUGUGACUUUGGAAAAACGCUACCUGAGCGCCCAACGAGAGUCCACCUCCGUGCACGACAUCAACGACAAACUGGAGAACGAGUUGGCCAAUAAGGAGGCGUUCCUCAGACAGAUGGAGGAGAAGAACCGGCAGCUACAGGAGAGGCUAGAGCUGGCAGAGCAGAAGCUCCAGCAGACCAUGAGGAAGGCGGAGACGCUGCCCGAGGUGGAGGCUGAGCUUGCACAAAGGAUAGCAGCCCUCACCAAGGCGGAAGAGCGUCACGGGAGCAUUGAGGAGCGAAUGAGGCACUUGGAGUGCCAGCUGGAGGAGAAGAACCAGGAGCUGCUGCGGGCUCGACAGAGAGAGAAGAUGAAUGAAGAGCACAACAAGCGUCUGUCGGACACGGUGGACCGGCUCCUCACAGAGUCCAACGAGCGACUUCAGCUCCAUCUGAAGGAGAGGAUGGCAGCGCUCGAGGAGAAGAAUUUGUUAAUCCAAGACUCUGAAGGUUACAGAAAACAGUACGAAGAUUCAAUCCAUGUCAAAACACAUCUGGCAGAGGAGAUUGAUAAACUGAGAUCAGAGCUGGACCAGUUCAGAUUGAGGGCAGGAUCCCUCACAGAACCCACCCUGUCACGGUCUCAUCUGGACACAUCAGCUGAGCUCCGAUUCUCGUUGGGAUCGCUGGCUGAAACCCAGUCGGACCACUACCGCUCAGCCAAGGUCAUCCGGCGGCCGAGGAGAGGUCGAGUGGGUCUGCAUGAAACCAAGGCUAAAUCUCUGGGGGAGCAUGAGUGGCGUUCGCAGCAGCUCGGGGUUUUGGGCCAUCACUUCGAGAGCGACACGGAGAUGUCGGACAUCGAUGACGACGACAGGGAAACGAUGUUCAGCUCCAUGGACAUGCUCUCACCCGGCGGACACUCUGACGCACAAACGCUGGCCAUGAUGCUGCAGGAGCAGCUCGACGCUAUCAACAAGGAGAUCCGGCUGAUCCAGGAGGAGAAGGAGUCGACGGAGCUGCGGGCGGAGGAGAUUGAAAACCGGGUGGCGAGUGUCAGCCUGGAGGGCCUGAACCUGGCUCGCAUGCACCACCACGGAGCCUCCAUCACCGCCUCAGCCACCGCCUCCUCCCUCGCCUCCUCCUCCCCGCCCAGCGGACACUCCACCCCCAAGCUGGACCCUCGAAGCCCCGCACGGGACAUGGAGCGCAUGGGGGUCAUGACACUGCCCAGUGACCUGAGGAAGCACAGGAGAAAGAUAGCAGCGGUAGACGAGGACGGCCACGAGGACAAGGCCACCAUCAAGUGUGAGACGUCCCCCCCCACCACGCCCCGCACCGUCAGAAUGACACACACACUGCCAGCCUCCUCGCACAACGACUCACGAGGGAUGGGGUCCUCUCUGGAGGCGGAGGGCGGCAGCGUCGGCAGCAGCCAAGACUCCCUGAGCAAGCAGCCAAAGAAGAAGGGCAUCAAAUCCUCCAUCGGACGGCUCUUUGGCAAGAAGGAGAAGGGCAGGAUGGGACAUAUGGCACACAGACAUGUCAUGGUAGAUCCACAAGCCACCAUGAUGGACCCAGACUCGGGCCAGGAGAUGGGCGUGGGGAAGCUGGGCACUCAGGCUGAGAAGGACCGCAGGUUAAAAAAGAAACACGAGCUGUUGGAGGAGGCCAGGAGAAAGGGUUUACCUUUUGCCCAAUGGGACGGUCCCACAGUUGUAGCCUGGCUGGAGCUGUGGUUGGGGAUGCCGGCCUGGUACGUGGCGGCGUGUCGAGCCAACGUGAAGAGUGGAGCCAUCAUGUCGGCGCUGUCUGACACGGAGAUCCAGAGGGAGAUCGGGAUCAGUAACCCACUGCACCGCCUCAAGCUGCGCCUGGCCAUCCAGGAGAUGGUCUCCCUCACCAGCCCCUCGGCCCCGCCCACCUCCAGAACCGCCUCAGGCAAUGUGUGGGUCACCCAUGAGGAGAUGGAGACCAUGGCCGCCCCCUCCAAAACGAAGUCAAGCUCUGAAGAGGGGAGCUGGGCACAGACUCUAGCCUAUGGUGACAUGAACCAUGAGUGGAUAGGGAACGAGUGGCUGCCUAGUCUCGGACUACCUCAGUACCGCAGCUACUUCAUGGAGUGCCUGGUGGACGCCCGCAUGCUGGACCACCUCACCAAGAAGGACCUGAGGGUGCACCUCAAAAUGGUGGACAGCUUUCACAGAACAAGUUUACAGUAUGGAAUCAUGGGUCUAAAAAAGCUCAACUAUGAUAGGAAGGAACUUGAGAGACGCAGGGAGUACAGCCAGCACGAAAUGAGAGACGUGCUGGUGUGGAGCAAUGAGCGGGUGAUCCGAUGGGUGCAGAGCAUCGGUCUGAGGGACUACGCCAACAUCCUGCUGGAGAGCGGAGUGCACGGAGCUCUGGUCGCCCUGGACGACAACUUCGACUACAGCAGCCUGGCUCUGCUGCUCCAGAUCCCCAACCAAAACACUCAGGCACGUCAGAUUCUGGAGCGAGAGUACAACAACAUGCUGGCGCUGGGCACCGACAGGAGACUGGACGAGUGUGACGACAAAGACUUCCGCGGCCCAUCGUGGAGGCGGCAGUUCCCCCCCCGGGACGUUCACGGUAUAAGUAUGAUGCCCGGCUCGGCGGAGACCCUCCCUGCUGGAUUCCGCCUCACCGCCUCGGCUGGUCACCCCCGGAGGAUACCCCACGAGGUGGGAUCGGCCACGGUGCAGCGGAUGGACACCUCCACGGUGAGAACCUACUCCUGCUGAGAGGAGGAAGAGAGGCCCCUAAACUGUACGCUGUACAGUUCUGAUCGGAGGUGAACCAGUGGAGCUGCUGGACGGGCCAACAUGCCGAGGAACAAACUCUCUGACGACACGCACUGCCAAGAAGCCCUGCUCCCCUCUCUGUCUUCCCCGCCCCCUCCCCCUCCCUAUAACGUGGGCACCAGAUGCCGGUGCUAAACUGUCCCGCAGGCUGCUCCGUUGUCACCGUUUCUACCUUUUACAUGUACAGUAACUUGUCGAAGCAUAACGUACUGUGUAUUUCUUCUACAGGAGAUGUGUAGGUUAUCUGUAAAUAAAUGCCAUUUUUUAAAUAUAUAUAUACACACAUCUAUGUAUAAAAAAAGAUAUUCAGAGUUUGUGCAAAAAAACGUCCCUGCCACCUCAUUUAGUGGACCAUAGAUUAAUAUAUGCUGCUCUUUUAAAUGUGUUCAUAUUACCCCGCCCUCUUAGAUCAUUUUGUACAUAUGGUUUUAUUUUUUCAUUGUGCUGCUGAUGAUGAAACAUUGAGAGGAUGGAUGUGAAAACCUGCCCUCUAGUGGUGCACAAAAACCACUCUGAGCCCCAUUUCUGACACCAACAACACUUCACUCUGCUUUUUAUGCACUUGCUGUCAUAAAAAGGAGCAUUUUAAGAGAACAUGACAAGCACUUUGAUACAACCGCAUCAACUCAACAGACUUUUAGUAGCCAAGGAAAAAACAAGAGCUCCGAAGUUGCACAAAACUUCAUCUCAGAGAACAAAAGAGAAAAGCAGGACGUCAUUCAUAGAACCUGUCACUUGUUGUACUGUAUGUUUUGUCGGGCGAUACAUUAACACACUCUGGCCUUCUCCCCCCCCCCUCCCCUCAGACAUUACGUUAACA